AUGUUGUACCUUGUGGGCCUCGGAUUGGCCGACGAAAGGGACAUUACGGUCAAGGGUCUCGAAAUCGUUAAGAAGGCGGAGCGCGUUUACCUCGAAGCCUACACUGCUAUUCUUCUCGUGGAGAAGGAGUCACUGGAAGCAUUCUAUGGCCGCCCUGUUGUAAUUGCCGACCGUGAGAUGGUCGAAUCAUCGAGUGACGAUAUCCUCAAAGAUGCCGACAAAGUUGACGUCGCAUUCUUGGUCGUUGGUGAUCCAUUCGGUGCUACAACACAUACCGACCUCGUCCUCCGAGCGCGGGAGCUAUCCAUCCCAACACGAUCGAUCCCCAACGCCAGCAUCCUGACCUCCAUCGGCGCCACCGGCCUCCAGCUCUACAAUUUCGGGCAGACCGUCUCCAUGGUAUUCUUCUUGGAUAACUGGAAGCCUGCCUCUUUCUACGAUCGCAUCAAGGAGAAUGUAUCAAUUGGCCUGCACACACUCGUCCUAUUGGACAUCAAGGUCAAGGAACAGAGUUUGGAAAACAUGGCUCGCGGACGCAAGAUCUAUGAGCCUCCGCGGUACAUGACGGUAGCUCAGUGCGCACAGCAGAUGAUUGAGAUCGAGGAGGAUGUGAAGAAGGAGGGCGUAUAUACCAAGGACAGCCUGGCUGUCGGUGUUGCGCGAAUUGGCGCCGAGGACCAGACGAUCGUUGCAGGAACUCUCGCACAAUUGUGUGAUGCUGACCUCGGUCGGCCGCUGCACAGUCUUGUUCUCCUUGGAAAACGAACACACGACCUUGAGUUGGAAUACCUUGAGGAGUACGCCGUGGACAAAGAGGGCUUCAAGGCAAUCUGGAAAAGAGACUAUGGUAGCGCAUAA